GUAAUAAAGAAAAUGACCAAGGAGUACAACCACAACAAUUAACAAAGGAAGAAAUGGAAGAGCUUGAUGGUUCAAGCUCGAGAAUUUCAGCAAUAGCAAAAAUGAUUAAAAAGGUUAGUGUUGGUUCUGACAUUUCAAAUAUUUCAAUGCCAGGAAGUUUUAUUUUACCAAAAUCAACUUUAUCCUAUUUCACUGAGAAUUUUUCAUCAUAUUUUCAAGAAUUGUUAAAAGCAAAUAAAAUUGAUGAUGAUUUGGAAAGAUUUUUACAAGUCCAAAAAUAUUUAUUUACAACAUUAAGAGAAACUGAAGAUACAACUAGAAAGCCAUUAAACCCUAUUCUUGGAGAAACAUGGGGGGCCCAAAUUGUUGUUAAAGAUAGCGAUGGAAACGAAAUUGCAGACAGUCAUUUCUUUGCUGAGCAAAUUAGUCAUCACCCACCAAUUUCAUCAUCAUGUAUAUAUAAUAAAAGAGAAAAUGUUCGUGUUAACUUUUGCCAACCAGUACGUAGUCAAUUCAUGGGCACAUAUGUCAAAAUUUCAUUCGAAGGUCUCAACCAUAUUUAUUUAGGCAAUUAUAAUGAAACUAUUUCAUUUACAGCAGUUCCAUUGGCAAUUAGAUUUUUUAGAGGUUUUAGUGAAUAUGUUGGUAAAUGUCAAAUGACAAGCGAUAAACAUGAUUAUAGAAUUAAAGCAAAUUAUCUUUCUAAACCAUUAAUUGGUGGUGUUUAUAAUGGCUUUGAAUGCAAAGUAUAUAAAGGAAAAGAAAAACUCUUCAAGAUUAAAGGUACUUGGACUGGUGAAAUCAAAAUAACCGAUCUCAAGACAAACGAAACUACACUCUUCUUUAAAAGACCAGAAAGGGAUAUUAAAGUUGUAUUCCCAGAAAACAUUCUCCCAACUGAUUCAAAUAUUGUGUGGAAAGGAGUCUUUGAUGCCCAUAAAAAUGGUGAUGUUAAAUCAAUGUCUUCAGAAAAGGUUAAAGUAGAAGAAGAACAAAGAAAAAUUGCCGCUAAAAGAAAAGAAGAAAAUGAAGAAUGGAAGCCAGCCCAUUAUCAUAAAAAUGAUAAAGGUUUGUGGGAAUUAAAUCAAUAUAAAGAUUAAAAAAAAAACAAUAAUAAUAAAAAUAAUAAAAAUAAUAAAAAUAGUAAUAUAGUAUUAAAUUAAUACAAUUAUCAAUAUAAUUGUUUGUAUCACUUUUCCAAAAAUAAAGAAAAAAAAAGGAAAAUAUAAUAUCACC